AUGGGCACCGGCGGCCCCCGGCGGGGCGAGGGCCCCCCGGACGGCGGCUGGGGCUGGGCGGUGCUGGGCGCCUGCUUCGUGGUCACCGGCUUCGCCUACGGCUUCCCCAAGGCCGUGAGCGUCUUCUUCCGCGCGCUCAUGCGCGACUUCGGCGCGGGCUACAGCGACGCGGCCUGGGUGUCCUCCAUCAUGCUCGCCAUGCUCUACGGCACCGGCCCGGUGUCCAGCAUCCUCGUGGCCCGCUUUGGCUGUCGCCCCGUGAUGCUGGUGGGCGGGCUGCUGGCCUCAGCGGGCAUGGUCCUGGCGUCCUUCGCCAGGCGCCUCCUGGAGCUCUACCUGACCGCGGGGGUGCUGACAGGCCUGGGCCUGGCCCUCAACUUCCAGCCGUCGCUCGUCAUGCUGGGGCUGUACUUCGACCGGCGGCGGCCCCUGGCCAACGGGCUGGCGGCGGCGGGCAGCCCCGUGUUCCUGUCGGCGCUGUCGCCGCUGGGCCAGCAGCUGCUGGAGCGCUUCGGCUGGCGCGGCGGCUUCCUGCUGCUGGGCGGCCUCCUGCUGCACUGCUGCGCCUGCGGCGCCCUCAUGCGGCCGCCGGGGCCCGGCCCUCGGCGCGGGGGCAGCGCGGGCGGCGCCGCCCGGGAGGCGGAGGAGGAGGCGGCGGCGGAGGCGGCGGCGGAGGCGGCGGCGGAGGCGGCCAGCCCCGGGCGGAGCCUGAGCGCGGCGCCCGCCGGCCGGGCCCGCCGCCGCCUGCUGGACGUGGCCGUGUGCGCCGACCGCGCCUUCGCCGCGUACGCCGUCACCAAGUUCCUGAUGGCGCUGGGGCUCUUCGUGCCCGCCAUCCUGCUGGUGAACUACGCCAAGGACGCGGGCGUGCCGGACGCGGACGCCGCCUUCCUGCUCUCCAUCGUGGGCUUCGUGGACAUCGUGGCGCGGCCGGCGUGCGGGGCCCUGGCCGGCCUGGCGCGCCUGCGGCCGCACGUGGCCGACCUGUUCAGCCUGGCGCUGCUGGCCAACGGGCUCACCGACCUGAGCAGCGCGCGCGCGCGCUCCUACGGCGCCCUGGUCGCCUUCUGCGUGGCGUUCGGCCUCUCCUACGGCAUGGUGGGGGCGCUGCAGUUCGAGGUGCUCAUGGCGGCCGUGGGCGCUCCCCGCUUCCCCAGCGCGCUGGGCCUGGUGCUGCUCAUCGAGGCCGUGGCUGUGCUCAUCGGACCGCCUUCUGCGGGCCACCUGGUGGACGCGCUGAAGAGCUACGAGGUCAUCUUCUACCUGGCGGGCUCCGAGGUGGUCCUGGCCGGGCUCUUCAUGGCUGUGGCCAACUGCUGCCUGCGCCGCUCCCGGGACGCCCCGCCCGGCCCGGGCUCCGAGGGCGGGGCCAGCGACUCGGAGGACGCUGAGGCCGAAGGGGACUCCGAGCCCCUGCCCACCCAGGAGCCCAGCGGCCUUGAGGCUCUGGAGUUGCUUAGCCCUGGGGCUGGGCCCUCCGACCCCGAGGUGGGGGCAGAGCCAGAGCCGGACCCGGAGUCUGUGUAG